AUGCUCAGUGAUACACAUCUCCAUACCUCUGUGUAUCAUGUUACUUAUAAGAUUGUUGAGUACGCACUACGAAUGUGGAAUGAUGAUUAUUGUAAUUUCUUUGUUAGAGUUGACAUUAAUGUUUUUGUUUAUGUGCUUCCUAAACAUAAUAUCAGUGAUCCAGAUAGUGAUAGCGAUGAUGGAUUGGAAGAUGUUGCAAUUGAGUUUGUAGCUUCCAGUGAAGACUCUAUCGAAAAAUUGGAGAAGUUUGUUAAUAACAAUGAAAUAUUUUUAUGUACUAUUUGUUGUGAGAAUGUUGAUGAUGCUAAAGAAGUUACACAACUUCCUUGUAAACACCCAUAUCAUAGCGAAUGUAUCCUGAAGUGGCUAUAG